UCCCCUCGCGUCAAGUUAGUCGGUCUCUGUCGCUCAACGUGACCGUAAUGGCGACGAGUGCAUCGGAGCGGAAUAAACCGUUUUACGACGUCAACGACGCCGAAGCGCUUUUCGAGAAAUUUGUCAAAGAUUUCGACAAAAAUUACAAAGAUGACGCAGAUAGAGAAGAACAUUAUCAAGCAUUCAUCAAAUCACUGCAUCGAAUCAAUGAAAUGAACUCAAAAGAUGGCUCCGCGACGUACGGCAUAAAUAAAUUCGCAGAUUACACAGAAGAGGAAACAAAACAAAUGCGCGGGUUGACGAAACGCAAUUGAUGUGAUGAUCUCGAAAAAACUCAAAAUUACGAUUAGAUUAUAAGUUAGUAUGUAUUGAAAUAAAAUUAUAAAGUUAUCGUGUAUAACAAAAUAUUAUUUUACCCAGUUUUAUAACUUUUGGGAUUCGCCGUAUAUUAUAAAAGAUAAGCGACCGAGAAAAGGUCGGAUGUAGCAAAGGAUGUACGAGCAAACAUGGAGCGACUAAAAUAUAACUUUGGAUCCACGCUGUCGAAGAUAAUAUCCUUAAUUACGACUAUGUUCAUCUAUUUCAAAGUAAUUAAUGUAUAUGGUAUAGAUAAUAUGAAACAUAUUAAUCUAAGCAAAAUAUCGAACAUGAAGUUGUAUUAAAUAAAGUUUUCAAUUUUGCAAAAUUUUAUAAAUGAAAUAUUCAUGUUAACGAAGUCUUGUAAACAAUUUAAUUGGUAUAAAUUUCUCCGAGUAAAUUAUUAUUCGUAGAAGUUCUAUUUUUUUGUAAUUACGGUGUAUAAGGGUAAGGGUUUUAUAUAAUUAAAUUUUCAUAUC